AAGAAUACAGGAGGAAUUUGGGUUAUAAAACCACCAUGUCAACUCCAAAACAGUAGGUGAGCUGAAUGCAGCUAAGUAUUUCCAAAGCCAUGAAUGCCAUUGGUGUUGCAGCUAUGGCUGAAAAUUACCAGAAAUUCAACCCCAUGGCUUAUUUACAGAACAACUAUAGGCCACCACGUGCCAAUUUCACUAGUGAGGAUUUUGUGGUGCCCUGGAAGCUCCGAUGCCUGGCAGAUGCCUUUGCCACAGGAAAGAUCACCGGCCACACACUGAUUGAUAUUGGCACAGGCCCCACCAUCUACCAACUCCUCAGUGCCUGUGACUACUUUGAGGAGAUUGUAGCCACUGACUUCCUGGAAGUGAACCGGGCUUUGAUUCACAACUGGGUGCACAAUGAAGACAAAGAUGGCUUUGACUGGUCCCCUUAUAUCCAGCAUGUUUGUAAAAUUGAGGGCAAAGGGGAGCUGUGGAAGGAGAAAGAGCAAAAGCUGAAAAGGAAGCUGAAAAAGAUCCUUCCCAUUGACAUCCACCAGCCGAAUCCACUGGGUUUUUUGCUCAGCCAGCCAGCUGAUGCUUUGGUUUCUACUUUUUGCCUAGAGGCGGCGAGCCCUGACCGCCCAAGCUUUGAUAAAGCUUUUCAAAAUAUCACCAGACUCCUUAAACCUGGUGGCCAUUUUCUCAUGAUUGGAGCUAUGGAAGAGUCUUUCUACUUAGCUGGAGAAGUAAAGCUGACAGUGGUGCCCCUGAGUGAAGCAGACAUCAAGGAAUCAUUUGCAAAAAAUGGCUAUCAUAUUCAUGACUUCCGUUCCUACAACAUGCCUCCAACCCUGAUGGUUGGAGUUGACGACGUACAAGGGAUCUUUUUCAUCAAUGCACAAAAGUUUGCUUGA